AUGUCGUUAGAUACUGAAAAUGAAUUCUCUGAUUUCAAAUUGCCACCGGUAUUUGAAGAUCUAAAUGAACGCUUGAAGGAAUACUUGCUAAAGCCAGAAAGGCUUUCAAUACAUCAAUGGGAAAGGUCUCAAUCUCACUGGCAACGUGAAACUAACGUUGAUUCCUUGUUUAUCUACGACAAUGAUGACUUCCCAUCUGACACUACACUUGAGGUGGUUAGAGAUCCCAUCACAGGUAAAAUAGUAGGAUUAGAAGAAGUGAGCAUCCCUGUUGAAGAUGACGAAGACAGUCUCUCUAUGUCACGGGCUCCACUGCCUCCAAGCCAAUCAACCAGGGGCACUACUACCCAGAGUCCUUUCCUACCGGCAGGCUUUGAAGAAGAAUUGCAAAAGAUGCUUGAUGAAGCUGCUACUAGAGAUGUUAAUAUAGAUCUAGACAAUGAAGAACCUGGGAAAUUUUUGGGUGAAGAUAUCUUAAACAGAGUUCCAGGAUAUAAAGAAAGUGUAUUGUUUGCUGAAGAUGGCUACACGCUAUUGAAUGACCCAAAUAAAGAAGUGGUCAAGAAGCCAGAGAAUAAAGAAAUUGACUUGAAUGUCAAGAUUAAUCUAGAAGAGGUUGUUGAUACGAAUGCACAUUUAGUAGAUCUUUGGAAAGAUGAAGAGGAGCCUGAAAAGAAACCACCGAAGAAACCCACAAAACAGAUUGAACUAAACCCAAGUGAUCAUGAUAACUUCCUCGAGGACACAAUUAUCAGACCACCAGUAGAGUUGCCAGAGAUACCUAUAUUAAACAUUACUAGUUCAUCAGUAAAAACUGGUGUGACAUCUACUGAAUGGGCUGAAAUGAUAGAUGUUUCACAGCCUGUGCCAGACUUUAAGGAAAAGAUCAAAGAUAUGGCCCACAGUUAUCCAUUUGAGUUGGACAUUUUCCAAAAACAGGCUAUAUUAAAACUAGAAGAAGGACAUCACGUAUUUGUAGCGGCACAUACCUCUGCCGGGAAAACAGUUGUUGCUGAAUAUGCUAUCGCUAUGUCAAGGAGGAACUGUACCAGAGCAAUCUACACUUCGCCGAUCAAAGCUCUAUCAAACCAAAAAUACAAUGACUUCAACAAGCUAUUUGGCGAGGUGGGCCUCUUAACAGGUGACCUGCAGAUCAAUGCUACCGCCUCGUGUCUUGUCAUGACCACUGAGAUCCUACGUUCCAUGUUAUACUGUGGGUCGGAUGUUACAAGGGAUUUAGAAUUCGUCAUAUUCGAUGAAGUUCAUUAUAUUAAUAAUGCUGAGAGAGGGUACGUUUGGGAAGAAGUACUUAUAUUACUACCAGCCCACGUAAGCAUAGUGAUGUUGAGUGCAACCGUACCAAAUACUCUACAGUUUGCCGACUGGGUGGGACGCACCAAGAAACGCAAAGUAUACGUAGUAUCGACUCCAAAGCGGCCUGUACCGCUUUGCCAUUACUUAUACACAGGUACGGGAGGUAAAUCAAAGAACGAAAGGUUCCUAGUAGUGGAUCAGGAAGGCAACUUCCAACUAAGAGGAUACAACGAAGCUGUUGCUGCUAAGAAGGCCAGAGAAACUGAAUACAAAAAGAGCUUUGGACCUAAAGGUGGCAAAAUGUAUAUGAACCCAAAGGCAGAACAGACUAUGUGGGUAGCUUUUAUCGAUCACUUGAAACAGAAAGAAAAACUUCCGGUCGUCGCAUUUACUUUGUCCCGUAACAGAUGCGAUCAAAAUGCCGAAAAUUUGAUGUCUGUCGACUUAACAACUGCCAAAGAAAAGGGUCACAUAAGAUCAUUCUUUCAGAAAUGUCUCCAAAGAUUAAAAGAGCCAGACAGACGAUUACCACAGGUUAUAAGACUACAGAGGGUGCUGGAAAAUGGCAUAGGUGUUCAUCACAGUGGUAUCUUGCCAUUGCUGAAGGAAAUUGUUGAAAUGUUGUUUCAGCAAGGUUUUGUAAAAAUUCUAUUUGCCACUGAGACAUUCGCUAUGGGGGUGAACAUGCCUGCCCGCACAGUCGUGUUCGACGAAACUACCAAGUAUGAUGGUCUGCAACGACGUACACUACUGCCUGCUGAGUAUAUUCAAAUGGCAGGCAGGGCGGGAAGACGAGGUCUGGACGAUACAGGAACUGUGAUAAUCCUGUGUAAAGAUGGCGUACCCCCCUUAGUUGCUCUAAAAGGAAUGAUGCUUGGCAUACCACAAAAACUCUCCUCACAAUUCAGGCUAACUUAUGCUAUGAUAUUAAGUUUGUUAAGAGCAGCCACAGUCUCAGUUGAAGGUAUGAUGCAACGCUCCUUCCGUGAGUUCAGCCAAAUUUGCCAAGCUGAUAACUAUAGGAAGCAACUGCAGUUAGCGGAGAAGGAAUAUUCCGAGAAAUGCAGUACACCGCUGGCUGCCCACCUAGCGCCGCUCGCCACAUUUUAUGAUACAGCUGCAAUGUACAUGGAUGUGUUGAAUGAAAUCAUGCCGAUACUGCUAAACCAGGCUAAAGUCGCUAAGGAGUUAGUGCCUGGAAAGAUACUUGUUAUAUCUGAAGGACCGUAUAUCAAUCAACUUGGUGUGCUUCUGAAUACUAUUGGUCCGAGACAGUGUCCGUAUAGAGUACUUGUAUUGAACACCGCAGUCAUCGACAACGAAGUAUACAACUUCGAAGUUGACGAGAAUUGGUACAGAGUAUUAAGCUUUUCGGCCUUGUACGACUCAAUAGGGACUGAAGAAAGCACGCUUGAUCACACAAUAUUAUGUGUAGCACAUAAAAAUAUCGUGGCUAUUACCAAAAUAAAUCUGAAAAUCGAUGCCAAAGUUAUUAUAGACGAUUGGGAGAGGAGACAAAUACCCAGAUUUAAAGAUGCGCCUGUCGGUUCUACUUGCACAAGUGCCGUGCAAGAAUUAUCUCGCAUAUCGCACGCAGUAUGUAGCGGUGCCACCGUAUUACAAUACGUAAGCCUCACGCAAUCCCUGUCUAUUACUACAGGCGAGAUUCUUCAAUCCUUGGAUAAAAUGAAUAAGUGCCUCAGUGAUUUACAAGAACAAAAGAAAUGUACAGAUAUUGCAAAUUUCAAAAGAGAGUUCGCAAUAGUAUAUGAGCGCAAAAUGACAGAAAGAAAACGUGACAAGUACAAACGCUUGCUUUCUUUCGAGAACCUUGCCUUGUACCCUGACUAUCAGAGACGUUUGAUGGUGCUUAGAGAACUCAGUUAUAUUGAUGAGCAUGACAGUGUUAUACUUAAAGGACGUGUGGCAUGCGGUAUGGGUACCAAUGAGUUGAUAAUCUCAGAACUAGUGUUUCGAAAUGUAUUUACUGACAAGAGUCCAGCUGAGAUAGCAGCAUUACUCAGUUGCUUCGUAUUUCAAGCAAGGACGCAAGUAGAACUCACACAGUUGACCGAUAAACUAUCUGAAGGAGUCAAGGCUAUCGAAGAGAUUGACCGCGAAUUGACGCAAAUUGAGGCCAAAUAUCUGGUGGGACAGUUCGAAGGUCAAGCAGAGAGAUUAAAUUUCGGUUUAGUAAAAGUUGUAUAUGAGUGGGCGCUAGAGAAGCCUUUCGCUGAGAUAAUGGACCUCACAGAUGUUCAAGAGGGUAUUAUUGUGAGGUGUAUACAACAGUUGCAUGAAUUGCUGGUAGACGUAAAGGAUGCUGCAGUGGCAAUCGGUGAUCCAAAACUUCAAGCCAAAAUGAUGGAAGCGUCGACCGCAAUCAAGAGAGACAUCGUGUUCGCCGCCAGUCUCUAUACUACUCAGAAAGAUAACAUUACGACGUAA